CCUAGAACAAAGAAAGCAUAAUGAACAGAUACUAUACUGCUUUGUUGUUCAUUGAUGUAUCAAACGUAUUUGCAGAUAACGGUUAGUAAUUACCAGCGAAAUGGACUACUUACAAAACAACACAAACAGUACAACUACAAUAACACUACCUAUUACUGUAAAAAAAGCUAAUAUUACUUCCUUCAUGUCUCACUACACAUAUGUUAAUAGGUAAUACUCAUAUACACACGAAAUAAAUGCAUUCACUUUACCAGAACACAAUAAUUAUCUUUAUAACUAACAGUCGAACUAUAUAAGUCACAAUACACCUCUACCCGGAGAGUACGAACUACGAAUGUUUACAACGCGUGUUAUUUACAGCGCCAUUUUGUUUGAUUUUUUUAAUCACAUAUUUAACAUGUGUUUAUAAAAAUCUUGUAUCAAUUAACUUCUACAUCAAAAACAUAUUUAAAGUACUAAUAAAUUACGUACAUUGGCUUCAGUUCAGAUAUUCUAUGCAAGAAAUUCUUCACAAUAAAAAGAAAAAUACCUAUCAAGAUACGUAACUUUAUAACCCCAAUUUUUUGACAUUUGACAGACGGUUGACAGCGCUGUUGACGGACGACUUUUGUUCAUCUUUUUCUUUGUUUUUAAUUAGAACAGCAGCAAGAAAUGACUGGCAAUCGAAGCUGUGCGAUAAAUAUGACAGGACAGCAUUGUGUAUCAUGGAAGAAGAUGAAGAAAUGACUAAUGUGAAACCCCGAUAUAGAAGUCCUGUGUUUAACAAAGAAGAAGUGAAAGUGCUUCUAGACCUAAUUGAGAAGUACAAAGCGGUAAUUCUGAAUAAAUCAAGUAACAACAUUGCAAAUAAAGCAAAAGAUCGAAUUUGGGAAAAAAUUGCUACAGAGUUUAACACUCGUGGAUUUGAGAUUAUGAGAACUAGUGAUGUACUAAGAAGAAAAUGGACCAAUCUUGCUAGUAGUACAAGAAAGCAGACUAAAAACUUGCUCGAUGUGAAUCAAGAUGAUGAGUUUAAUAGCCAAAUGUUUAGCAUUCUCUUUGGCAAUAAUAAUAAAAAUGAGGAUAUCACACAUUCUGAUUUCGAAGAGGAUUCAAGAGAUUAUAUUUCAGAAAGAGAACAUCAAGAUAAUGACAAUAGCAGCAUUGAUAAAGAGCCUGAAGAAGCCCUUGAUUAUAUUUCAGAUAAAGAACAUCAAGAUGAUGACAAUAACAGCAUUGAUAAAGAGCCUGAAGAAUCCAUUGAAAAGGUUCUUGAUAUCAAUACCAGAAAUAGAUCUUCUAAUUUCUCAUCACAAGAGAUCAAAAUACUACUGCAAUGUGUGAAAGCUGAAAGGAAAUAUGUUUUCUUCAAGGGCUGCACAAAAAAAGAUAUUCAGAUGAAGAAUCUUGCAUGGUCCAGGAUCACAGAAGAGUUCAAUAAAAGGAGUCCUCAUAAAAGAAGCAGAAAGAAUUUACAUACAAAAUUCUUUAAUAUGAGGAGGAGUUCUAGUAAGAAUGCGACGAAACAUUUCAAAGAAACGCAACAUGUCAAAAUAUUAAAUGAAGAUAUAAGUGCUGUUCCACGAAUAAAACGCGAGCCAUCAUUUGAAGAGGAAAUUGAUUCAGAUCCCAUGAAUAAUGCUGAUAGUGAUGAUAAUUUUGAGAAUAAAGACUUUGAAAAGAUGGACAUUGGCCAUAAAGUUGACUCGGAUCCACUUAGCACUGUAUUAAUUGGCAGUGAUUCUGGGCUAGGCUCAUCAAUUAAUAUCGACGCAUACAACCCUUUCGAGAACAAAGAUGUGGUGAAAUUGAAAAUGGAACUGUUGAGUCACAAAAUCGAGAACGCCAAAUUGAAAAGGAAAAUAAUAGAAAAUGCGAUCGAAGACGAAGCUAAAGCUCGCGAAACUAACGCAAUAGAGAGGGCGCUGCGGUUGCGCUCCGCGAGGCUACAAACUAUCGCGGCCGAAACGCAACUAGGCGCUGACCACCCCGCUUUGGAAUACACUGCAGAGGAAAUCCGGGCGCAAUCCUACCUUAAAAAGUAUCAUACUUGAAGAUAUUGAAAGUGAAAUGCAGUAGGUAUAUUUGAUGCAUCUGACGUGCGAAACUCUGUUACUACGGUUCGAAGCGUCGAACGAAAAUUGAUAGAUAUGCAAAUGUUAUUCCACGUCUACAGUUAUUGUAAGAAUUUAAUUGAAUAAGGAAUCGUAGCUCAAAUGAAAAAGAGCUGAUGCCCGACAACAACAGAGUAAGAUUUUCUUUUGAAUUUUCAAAAUGAAAUUAAGAAAUAAAUGUUAAACAAGUAUUAAACUUAUCUAUGUAGCGGGAGCGAUGAUCGGGGUCGACCACAAAGGGAAGAUCUUCCGCCAGGCUAGGUGUUAUGCCUGGGGAAACGCGCGACAGACGAUGUUGUAUAAUAUGCUCCAAUCUGUGAAAUCUUCGUUUAAGUUUUUUGAUUCCCUAUAUCUUCUAUAUAUUAUAUCCCCUAUAUAUAUUAUACCUUCUUACCGACUCCAAGUACACAGUCCUCCCAACUUAAAAGUAAUAAGCAUUUAAUGAAUGUGAUAUUAUAAUUAUUAUAAUGUGGCAGAACUAUAGAAAAGAUUUUAGUUUUUUACCUUCAAAAGGAAUAAAAUGAAAAUAAUACACUAGGAUUAGAUACGAAAAUUUGUAUAUUUUAAUUGAUUGCGCUUUUACAAGAUGAUUAAAUUACAUUUCAAUAUUAAAAUUAAUAUUUUUAAUAUGCAUUUGUACAAUUCAUCUAUACCUAACUAAACUACAACAUCUACGAAUAUAUUAUAUUACACAUCGCUAUUGUACAACAUGCUUUUUACAUUGAUAUCAUACUACAUCUACCUAACUA